AUGGACCUGACAAGCCGGUUUAGUGCGUCUGGAAAGUCUGGGGCAGGGAAAGUCGCUUCUCGAGAUUUAUCCGAAAGACAAAUCAUUGAUGCGUCGCGAAAAUUGAAAAAGGACGCAUCGCCGAGGAAGGAUUGCAGGAAUGUGCGAAGCAAGAUCAGGGAGGGAAUCGCUUCGUCGAGUCAAGGUUCAAAGCGUGGUUCGUCGUGUGAUGCACUGGAAGACGUAAUUGAUUUCCAAAGGUUGCAUUUGGUCGUGGAUACAAAUUUUGUUCUGAAUGAUCCGGAUUUGGAAUGUCGCCUAUAUUUCUACAGAGGUUUCCCAGAUAUGUCUAAAUAUGCUGAAGAAUCUUCUCCUAAUAUCCUGAUACCGUAUGUCGUAUUUGAUGAACUGGACGGAUUGAGUAAGAGCGAAAAUACUGACGCCAGGAAAGCAAAUGCUUCUCUUCGCCGAUUAUUUGGGGAUAUCCAAUCCAAACAGCUUGAUCAGCUGGUGCGGUCCAGCGUCAAUGGCCAAAUCUUUCGGCAGCCUUUCCGCGAGCAUGUCUGUCUUAAGAAAAGGCUAGAUAAUUGCUCGAAUGAUAUCCUUGUUCUCGAAGCGGCUCAAAGUCUGUGUCGUAAAGUGAUACGUGCUGCGAAAAAAGUCGGCAAAUCUUCAGCGGAUGUGGGACCUGUUCUUUUGCUUACUGAUGACAUUCCGACUCCUUGCAACUCGCUUACAUUGGAUUGUGGUGGAAUCAGUUCGAGUAACCAAGAUCUCCGAAAAUCGUUACCUGUAUCGAACGAAGCAAACUAUGAUCCAGUGAGCGUUCCUGCUGAUGUACAAUUGUGUCAAGAAGUGAUGGGUACUGUAGGGGUAAAACUGAUUUUGGGGCUUUUGGGCCAAGUUGUCCGUGACUCGCUUCAAGACGCAUAUAAAGACGUCUAUUCUGACGUUUGCCUUGCGAAGCGUCCUGAACCAUGGAGCCCCAGAGAUGUGCUGUGGCUUGUGAUGAACUACGGAUUUACAGUAUUCGAAUGCAAUGGGUGGCAGCGAGGAGUCAUCGAUUGUGGAAAAAAGGCAUUCAGCGAAAUUAAAGAAAUCGAAGCUGUGAUUGAUUCACGGGUCAGAAAGGAUGAUGUUUUAGAAUUUCUACGCACUCUGCGAAAUCUUGCGUCGAAAGCCAUCGGGAAUCGAGUGUCGAAGGAAAUUCAAAAGAUUAUGGAGAUCUUCACCGAUGGAUUGAAAGAAGCGGAAAUGUGCUUGGUGAGUAAUGUGCAGAGAUCGUCUUCAGCAAGUGCGGAACCUUGUGUCGACGUCGAUAUGAUGGAAAUUGACGUCCUUUGGAUGGUUUCCGUAUCGUACUCUCAUACCGUGAAGGCGACUGUUCCUGUUUUUACCAUUUUUCUGUCAUGGUUGCUGCUUGGCGAACGUCAUCCGAAGAAGGUUUACCUUUCGCUCGCUCCCAUUGUUCUGGGAGUAGUGAUGGCUACUGUUACCGAGGCCUCCUUCAAUUAUGGAGGCUUAGCCAGCGCCAUAUUGGCAACGAUUGGGUUUUCUCUUCAAAAUAUUUACUCGAAAAGAGUCUUGAUGACCACGCACAUACAUCAUCUACGUUUGUUGCAAGUUCUGGGGCUGUGGUCCUUGAUCAUGUUCUUUCCACUCUGGCUUUACUGGGAUUGGGAAGUUAUCCUCGGUCGCGAAAGAGGAUGGAUGCUUCAGCCGGACAAUUGGAAUUUGUUCCUACUUUUGUUGUCAGACGGGUUGUUGAAUUGGAUGCAGAACAUCAUAGCAUUUUCUGUGCUGUCGCUGCUGACUUCGCUGAGCUACGCUGUUGCCAGUGCAACGAAGAGAAUCUGCGUAAUAUCUGUCUCAUUGCUGACGUUGAAGAAUCCUGUCACGUUUCCCAAUGCCAUGGGAAUGUUGUGCGCCAUCAUGGGCGUUCUGCUUUAUAAUAAGGUGAAGUACGAAACUUCGAGAGAAACGAAGUCCAAGCCUCUCCUCCCGCUGGUGGAAAAUGAUCUUCUGCGGACAAGACUGUUAGAUAAUUAUACCCGCAACAGCGAGUUGCCAAUGCCCAUGCUUCAUGAUGCGACGACAAUAGUCAUUCCGAACGGAUAUGGCAACCAUUUUGAUAAACACUGACGACGGACCCAUUGUUUCUAGUGUUGUAACUGACUUCCAUGGAUAGCAGUCUUUUCAAACUUCGAUCAAUUGUGACAAUGUUCGGUUUACGAGGCUGUUCUCUUUUUUUUUCUAUUUGCGUUGAAGCCGGUGAUAAUCGGAACAGUGUUGGGAGGUGGUGGAAAUGAUUGAAGUUACCGUCGGAGAUUUUCAACUGGACUCGCGAAUUUUCUAUAUGGAUUUGAAGAAAGCACAAUUAUUUUCUUUUUCUGCGAAAAUGAAA